GGAGGAUCACUGCCAUCAGGCUGAUCUCCGAGCAGCCUCAGAGUGAGAUGAAGGGGAUCCGUCGGCAUCAGAUAUGUCACACUUUUUACAAUGAAACCAGUUGGAUCAACUGAUGCAGAGGAGCUCAGACUAGCAGUACAAUUUGAGAUGAAGAGGAGAGCCUGAAUACUUUUUCCACGGAACAAACCGAAGGUGGUCAUCAUGUCUCUGUGGAUGAUCCUUCCCGUCAGCCUGCCUGUCUUCACCAUCACUGGGAUAUGGGUCGUAUAUGCAAUGUCCCUGUACAACCAGCAUGUCUGUCCUGUCCAUAACUGGCUUUACAAUGAGUCAUGUGAGGAGCAGCUCCCACUACAGAGGGGUCCAGUCCUGUGCUGCACCCUGGACAACAUACCACUCAUCAGUAAAUGUGGAACCCUGCCACCUGAAAGCUGCUUUUUCAGCCUCAUAUGCAGCACUGGAUCUUUUAUGGUAUCUGUGGAGGAAUUUAACUGUUUCUUUGUGUCUAUCUCUCAGGUGGAUUUUGCCAAAGUCCUCCAUUACGUCGGCGCUGGAGUGACCUUCCCCUCCAGCAUGCUGUUUGUGUGUCUGCAGUCGGCUCUGACCUACAGACUCGCUAAGACCCAGGAGGAGUAUCGGAUAGGUCACCUGCGGGUGGGGAUGGCCCUGCUGGCCCUCGUCGCUCUGGUGCUCAGUGGAGUUUUCUUUUGCCAGGAGAGCUUCGCCCUGCAACAUGCCUCCGCCAUCUUUGAGUGGAUCUACUGCAUGCUCAUCAUGCUCUUCUACGGGACUUUUGCCUUUGAGUUCGGGGACAUGUCGGGGGACACACUGAUGGUGCUGUCCGGAGGAGGAGGAGGAGGGGGGGGGGUAAAUGGCUUCUCCACAUCUGGACACAAGACAGAGGUGAGCAGCGGCUCCAACCACCAUCAGCCGGAGAGUUUAUCGAUGCUGUAACCACAGUGUGAACAAGCUUCAGGAUCCCUGGAGGUCAAAGGACCACACAUACUGUAUGGAGGACCUGAUUAUGGAUGCGCUUGCACACAGCAGUGACCAAAUACUUUUAUCCUGCUUUGCUUAAUUUAUGUGCAGGUCACAGCUGCAGAACAUUGCACAAUAAUGCAAGUGCCUUUUGAACCCUGACAGAGAUUCACGUGUGCACACACACACACACACACACACACACACACACACACACACACACACACACACACACACGUGUUUGUUUUAAUUCUCUCAAUGUAACAAUGCCUCUCUGCAUUCUUGGCCAAAGUCGCCUUUCAUCAGACCGAACCUCCUGAACUCGCCUCAGAUGUAGCGGCGUCAGUUUGUUUGAAUGUUUAGAUGUUCAGAACACUGAGCUCCGUGUAAAAAACACUCAGGAAGUUUUUGUUACAUUAACCGCUUUUGCCUAAUGUAAGGGAAAGUUUUCCAAAAGACAAUGGAUGGACUAAAGGUAACCAUGUGCCAAAAAUAAUCAUUUUUAUAGCAGGUUUAUCUGCCCUAUGUUGAACAGUUUAUUUUAUAGUUUUUUAUGAUAUCCAAAGAAACAUUCUGUGUGAAUUUUUAUGGGGAUAUUGCCAGAGUAGCUGUCUCAUAUUAAAGCUCUUUUGUAUAUUUUGUUGUAUCAGCUCUUUUCCAAAGAUAUGUAUCAUUGCUCUCAGUAACAAUGACAGUUUUACAGUUUGAAUGGGACCAAACUAUCCGUAUUGUGAUAAUACGCAGACAUACUUUUACAAGAAUAAUGUAUGCAGAGAACAAAAUAAUUAAAGUAAGAAAUAUG